AUGGCAAUGAAUGGCAAAGGGUCUGGGGACAUCCUCUGCGGAUUCAUUACGCCAUCAAUGUACGAGCAGAUCAUGUCACCAGAUUAUCAUGUCAGAGAAUCGAUCACAUCUAAUUUAAUUACAACAAUUCAAACAACUCCGACUGACAUCAUAAAUGUUGAUGAAUUUCUCGAAAUCAUCAAGCCAUUGACGAAAGAUCCCAAUAUGAAAGUUGUUCAAAAUGUAUAUAUUAUGGUAAAAACUCUUAUUUCAAAUCUUGAUCAGAACACAACACUUUACGUCCAUAAAUUAGUCCAAACAGCCCUCUCUUUAUAUUCAGAUACACGAAAAUUCGUACGCCAAUUCGGUAACGAGAUUCUAACUCAAUUAUUAAAAUCGUUAUCUCCAACUGCAGUACUUGCUGAAAUGGUUAGGAACUUAAACAACGCGACAUUGCAAGUAUCUCUACAAGCACUUGAGUAUAUCGAGUAUUUAAUCCAAUACAACGUUGUUCCUUCAGCAUUAAUGACACAAUUUACAUUUUAUCUCGAUAAUUCUUUGGGAUCACCUCACAUUCAGCUUCAGCUAGCUGCAGCAAAGUUUCUCGAUAGCUUAUCUUUUAGAGAUCCAACGACGGCGAACAAUAUAAUCUCUCAAUUUAAACCAGAGUCAAUUUCUGCGAUGGAAAAAGGGAAAAAUACACCAGUAGACGUAAAAAGACGGUCAGUUGUAUCAACAAAAGAUGGAUUUUUGACAAUGAACGGAAGAUUAACAUUAAAUAGGCCAAAAUUCAAUAGAGCGAGUACAUCACAUGUAGAUCCAAAAGAUAUUGCACUAGCAGGUGCUGAUGAUACCGUAGAAAUCCCUCCUGAAGGUUUUGAAUUUCAAUCUGUAAAACUUGGCACUUUUCAAGAGCCAAAUGAUAAUAAAAACGAUUCUCAUAUACCGGAAACAAUAACAGAGGAAGUUCCUCCAAAAAUCAUGGAAAUUCCAAAAUCUCCAAAACGAGAAAUUCCGAAAUUACUUAGUCCUGAAAUUCUGAAGACACAAAAACGACCUCCUCCAUUUUCAGCUACGAAAUUUACAGAAAAAACUUCAAAACCUUUUUUAUCAAGGUCCGUUGAGCCAAACAUGAUGUCAGAGAUGACUAAUCCAGAUGAAAAUCGUAUCCAGCCUCCAGCCAAGCUCCCAGAACCAGAAUAUAUUAAAGAGCCGAUAAUUAUUAAAUCAGAUAAGGAGAAAAGCUUUGAUAUUGGGCAUAAUGACUUCGCAAAAACAGUUCCUAUUAAUAUUGGCGUCAUCCCAUCGUUUGAAAACGAAAAUCCGCCAAAAGAUGAAACUCCAAUUGAAGAUAAUGACUUAAUUGUCCAACCUGUGCACUCCUACCAUAAGCACAAGGAUAAAUCCAAUAAAUAUCAGCAGGAAAGACUAGCUUUGAGCCGUUCAAUCAGAGCCCGCAACACAUUAAGUACAGAUUCGACUCCACAGAUCGUUUUAAACAACGAACCAGUCCCAGAACCAAUUAUUGUCGAAGAAACUCCAAGCGAAAUCCCAAAGGAAGUUCACAAAUCUCCAAAAAAGGAGCAAAAGUUCUCAAAAUCAGCAACAGUUACAGUUGGCGAUCAGACAAUUCCAUCACGAAGCUCAUUUGGUGCCAAGAAUCCAGCAAAACGCCAAAAUUCGAGUUCGAAGAUUUCAUCUUCCUCAUUUGGUGCAAAACGGUUCGAAGAUCUUAUUGAAAAAUUACACAGCGAAGAAUGGUCAGACCAAAAUGACGCCAUUCUUGAAUUCCAGACUCGACUUGAUGAUUUCGCAGAUAAAUUAAACGACACAGCUCGCGAUGUAGUUACAACUCUUGCAGAAUGUGGGCUCAGCUUACGAACGGCUCUUGCCAAGAACGCUCUUUCUCUUCUCCUUAUCAUGAUAAAAGACCCAAGAAUCGAUUGUGCCUCGGUAGGUGAAACCGCGGGAACUUCCCUCUUAAAAAUAGUCAGCGCUGGUCGACAAUUCAUAUCUGCCAUUGCCUGUGACUGUUUUGAUGCUCUUGUAGAUUGCAUGAACACAAGCCGUGCAAGUGCAAUGCUCAUUGCAGAAUCAAAGAGAAAACAGGACAAAAGCAGAAUUCGUGUCGCAUCUUGUAUCGGAAUUGUGGCAAAAAAGGUUCCUGAUGAUAUAAACCUGAAGAAAGUAUGUGAAACAUUAACAAAUGAUGCUAAUCAAGAAGUAAGGAGAAUGGCAAGAAUGUCACUUGAAUUUUUUUAUUGA